GUCGUCCCAUACCUAAUAAUCUCUCGAGAAAAGCAGAUGACUGAAAUCCAUUUCUUUUAAAGGGAUUCCUAUUCCCAUGUCUUUUAGGGGGGGCACUAUAGCAUCAAUUUUGAGCUCAUCCUUCUUCUUUACUUUCUUUUCCGGUGGUCUGAAGGGCUGAGAGAGCUUCUUCUUGGGAACGGGAGAAAUGAAUGAUUGGGCUGCUCCGCUCAUAGCUUCGGCUCUGUUCGCGUUCCUCUGCCCGGGGCUGGUCGUCCAGAUGCCUGGGAAGAACCGGCCAAUCGACUUCCUGAGCAUGCAGACGAAUAUGGCUGCCGUGUUUGUGCAUGCUGUCCUCUUUGGUCUGCUCCUUAUUCUGUUCUUUGUUGUUCUCAACGUCCACAUCUACAUCUGAAUCAGUACUUUUGUUUUGCUGCUCGUAGUUUCCUAUAGUCAGAGUGCUGUGUAUAAGUUGUUAAGCCUUUGGGCGAAUUCAGCUCGAGAGCGGAAACUCAUGAAUCUGUAAGCAUUCGUAUGGAGAAAGAUCGGGUGUCUCCAAAGUUCAUAGCAUAGUUUGUGCAUCUCAAGGCCAAACGAUCACAUCUCGGAUUUGACAGAAUCAAUCGCAAACCGUCCACUGUAUGCCCAACCCCCACAAAUAAAUUCCAGGAAGCUGCAAGAUAGAUGUUGUUUA